CUGCUGCUGCUGCCGCCUCAUUUUUCCCAGGAGCCCGAGCACGGUAGCUGCUGUUCACUCUCUUCUCUUCCUGUUUUGCAUGGUAAGAUUUUUCUGGUCCAAGCAAGGUGGGGAACAGUUUCACUAUCUUCCUUCGGAGCUGAAGACUCCAGCUGGAGAGAGCUUUAGAAGCAAAACCACCCUUGUUUGACAGUCUCUUAGUAUCAAAGAUGGUAAUAACUAUCCUUUGGGGAAAAGACAAGAAGUUAAUUGAGGUGGGCUAGAGCUAUUGUGUUAAAGACCCAUCCCAUUUCAUUUCAGGUAAUAUUUUGGAUUCAGCUAGAGCUGGUAGGGAGGGUGAUGUCAUUUGGAUCCCUCUCGCUGGCCUGGUCUGGUCAGGACAUCUCUCGGGAUGAUAAAAACCCAGCGUCCCAAAAGAUGGGUGUGGGCGGGGGGUGGCAGCUGUGAUGGUGAAGCUUGCUUCAGUAGUCGCUCUCUGUUCUUCUGUCUAUUCUAGUCCUCCCAAAGUCUCUUUCUUUAAGGACCAAAAAAGGGAGUGAUGCCAGUGACACGUGAGGAAGCAGCCAUGUGUUUAACCUAGGCAGAGCAGGGCCUUUAAGGUGAAAGGGAAGUGGCACUCUGCAAAGACAUUGUGCAGGAGAAUGACCAGAUUCUGCUAUCAGUGGUGAAGGAUUUGUUUGUCCAUAUUUAGUAGGAGCUUUAUGGUCUCUGGUGUUCCCAGGGUGACUUCAGCUCUGGGUUCUUCUCUAGUUCCUGGAAGGUGGAAACAUUCUACGCAAUAUCUUUCAAGCAGCCCAAAAAUAACGGAGUAAUUUGUGUUUGAAUUUGUCUCUCCUUUGGUUUCUUUCUUUCUUUUUCUUUUCUUUCUUCCCACUCUCAUUUUGCGCUCUCUCCCUGCUUAUUUCCUUCUCUCUCAAUACCUGCCUUCCCUGAAUCAUGCUUUUUCCUCCCCUUUCCCCUCUUCUCUCUUAAUAUUUUACCCCCACUCUUCAUCUUUUAAUACUCUCUUCACCUCCCUAACAGUUUCUUCUCCUUCCUCACUCAGCCCAGUUUCUCAUUCAGACCCCCCAAAAUUGCCACUCUUAGAUCAUGACCCCUCCAUUCCAGUCUACCCCAUACAAGUAAUACAUCAGUCACGCUGUCACAUACAGACCUAGCCACUUACACACCAGUCAUCCUGCCAUUCUGCCCCUCAGGCCUACGUCUCUCAGACAUUAGUCACUUUUCCAUUCACCCCUCGUCACACACCAACCUACUUCUUUGGAUAGCGGAAUCUCUCCCAGAGGGGCCUUGAGGUCCCAUCCACAUGAAAGUGGCAGAGAUAGUUUUCCCUGGUUUCCAUGGAGGAGUAUAGUAAAAAUGGGGAGACCAGAAGUUGGCCUCUCUCCUUCUCCAUGUUGAAGGGAAGGGAUCUCUGAGUCCUCAUUCAUUGUCCUGUUCCCCUUGGUGAGGUAGGGGUGAAUCCUGGAGGCAACCAUGCUGGACAAGUAAGUGGGAGCAGGCAGUGCUAGCAUAGAACAGGUCAUUGUUACUUCUCUUAAGCAGCCCCAUGGCCUAGAUAGGAGGUCACCACCAUCAGCAAAUGCCUGGCGGCAUGCUCCCUGUUAUGUAUUGACUCCUGAUAGCUCCCAAAGCUUGUGGGCAGAGACUGUAUUCUCCUAUCUCCUCCAUUUGGGAAAGAGGGUCAGAGAUACCACACCACUGCCAAUCUCCCUCUGCCCAGGGUUUCCAAGGGGGAAAGAACUAUGACAUUGACCUGUCACCGGUCAGUCACACAUAUAGAAUGGCUGUUCCUCCACCCUUGGGGCUGGUUCUGUUCUCUAGCAGGCCCUGGUCUCUAACAGGCUGGGUUAGAGAUGUGCAAGUGGCGCAGUAAUACUCUGCCAUAGUCCCUCACUGUGUGGAGAUCUCUGAAUCUCCUACAGGGGGCACAACACAUUUCACAGCACAUCUGACUUUCCCAGGAGCUACAGUAACUCCUCACUUAAAGUCGUCCCGCUUAACGUCGUUUCAUUGUUAUGUUGCUGAUCAAUUAGGGAAUAUACUCAUUUAAAGUUGUGCAAUGCUCCACUCAUCUGUUGUUUGGCUGUCUGCUUUCUCCAUAGCUGGCAGCCUCCCUACGCCUCCCUCUCCCCCCAGCGCCUCCCGCCCACCGGCAGACCCCGUGGAUCAGCACCUUCCCUCUCCUCCCCCUCGCCUCCUGCCCGCGGCAAUCAGCUGGCAUGCAGCAUUUUGGAGGGAGGGGGGAGGAGCGAGGACUGGGCGCGCAGGCUCCCCCUCCCUCCCCUGCCUCCCGAACGCGGCAAUCAAUUGGCUUGCGGCGUUUAGAAGGGAGGGGAGAGGAGCCAGGACGCAGCGUGCGAAGUAAAGGGGGAGGAGGUGGGGGAGGGAGAAGAGGCGGGUCAAGGGUGGGGGUUUGGGGGAAGGGGUGGAGUGGGCAGGCUGAGGGUUCAGCCCCCCGCCAUUGGUGCUUAUAGAGUAGGGGAAGCUGCCCUGGCACCUAACCCCCCCUAUUUAUAUUAAUUCUUAUGGGGAAAUUGGAUUUGCUUAACAUUGUUUCACUUAAAGUCAUAUUUUUCAGGAACUACAACGUUAAGUGAGGUGUUACUGUAUUUCCUUUCCAUACAGAUGAAAUGUCCCCGCCAGCAAAGAGAGGGACAAAGUUUUUUGUAGCAAGAUGUGACAAACCCUGAUAUGCUCAUUUUUCCUACCCAGAGCAGAAUUUCCAAUUAAAAAACUGGACAUAGUCUCCCUCAUAGAACGAGAGGAAGAGCCUUGGGUUCCUGAUCUCCAGGGCUACGAGGAAAAGGAGAUGCUGAGUGGCACCUGUGCAGGUGAUGGGGUUGUGAGUGAGAAUGGGAAGGAGAAUCUGCACCAGGACAGUCAUGAGCCAAUGGAACCACAUGGCACAUUAUCAGGAGCAUCCCAAAGGAAUAUUUCCCAGAGUCCUGAGCAGGAUAAAGCUUGUGAGGGUCAGCACAGAUCAGAAAGGCAUCAAAGAACUCCUCCAGGGAAGAGACUAGGUCAAUCAACUGCAUGUGAAAUAGGUUUUAGGAAACUACCAGACAUUAUCCAGCUGGGAAAUCCCAAGAUGGGGAAACCAAUAAUAUGUGAUGACUGUGGGAAAAGCUUCCGGCUGAGAUCAAACCUCAGACAGCAUCAAAGGAUUCACACUGGAGAGAAACCCUUUGGAUGUGCCGAGUGUGGGGAAAGUUUCCGGCAGCGCUCACAUCUUAUUCAGCAUAAGACAAAGCACACGGGGGAGAGACCCUAUGAAUGUACCGAGUGUGGGAAAAGCUUCAGUAUGAGCUCAAAACUCAUUCGGCAUCAGAUAAUCCAUACAGGAGAAAAACCCUAUAAAUGUGGUGAGUGUGGCAAGAGCUUCAUUGGGAACUCACAGCUUAUCCUGCACCAGAGAGUCCACACGGGUGAGAGACCCUACAAAUGUGGUGACUGUGGGAAGAGCUUCAGUGUGAGCUCAGCUCUUACUCAACAUCAGAGAACGCACACUGGAGAGAAACCUUAUGAAUGUGCUGAGUGUGGGGAAAGCUUCCGGCAGCGCUCACACCUUAUUCAGCAUCAGAGAAUCCAUACGGGUGAGAGACCCUAUGAGUGUUCCAAGUGUGGAAAGAGCUUCAGUGUGAGCUCUGCCCUCAUUCAGCAUCAGAGAUUCCACACAGGGGAAAGACCUUAUGAAUGUGCUGAGUGUGGGAAAAGCUUCACAGUGAGCUCACACCUGAUUCAGCACCGGAGAGUCCACACAGGGGAAAAGCCCUACGAAUGUGCUGACUGUGGGAAAGGCUUCCUUUGGAGAUCAGCCCUUCUUCGACAUCAGAGAAUCCACACAGGACAGAAACCCUAUGAGUGUACCGAGUGUGGGGAAAGCUUUCGUCAGAGCGCACACCUUAUUCAGCAUCAGAGAAUCCACACUGGGGAGAGACCCUAUGAAUGUGCCAACUGUGGAAAGGGCUUCACUGUGAGCUCUGCCCUCAUUCGACAUCAGAGAAUCCACAUGGGAGGGACACCCUAAAAAUGGGCUGAAAGCUUCAUGUCAGAUAUCCCUCCAGAGUCUCCCAAUAGAUAGUAGCCAGGCAUGUUUCUUGCUUUGAGUCCAUAAGGCUCUUCUCUUUUCACAGAGAAUGAAAAAUGCCUUGUUGAGGAUGGUCAAGUUAAACAAAGAGGAAAUGUUGGUGCAGGGAGAAGGGUCAUGUAGGGACCUGAGGUGUGGAGAGGAAUGUAUGCUUGGAGCCAGAGCCAGAGACCGGGAGGUGCUGUGGGCAGCAGGAGGAUUGAGCAUUUGGAGAUAAAAGGGAAGCUGUUGGUAUAGUUGGAGAGAAGUCCCCCAUGAGAACCAGGGCUGGAACUAACAAGGACUGUACCAGGGGAAAGGACUGGGCCCAGUAUCAUUGGUGCCCAUGUGGAAAAGCAGGAAGGGGUAGCGAUCCAAGGGC